AUGGAAGCGUUCUUCGCUCGCGCUAGAUCGGUCGCCGAAGAGGCGGCAAAGAAGACUCAAGAAAUCACUGUCAAGCUGUCGCAGGAUAUUGUCAAAGAGACUACAAAAGUAUCCUCUCAGCUCGUGACGGAAACUGCCAAGUACAGUGAGCAGCUGUCGAAGAAUCCCACCAUCCAGGAUCUUGCCUCGCGCUCCAAAACUUUCGCUCAUGAGGCUGGCAAGAAGGCGCAAGAACUCGCGAAAGAAGCUGCGGAAAAGAUUCCCGCGUUAGCGCAGCAGACCGCGCAGAGUGCUGGGGAAGGGAUUCAAAGUUUGGUAAAGGAGUUGAAAGUCGGGGGUUCAGGACACCAGCCAUUAGACAACGAGCUGGAAGAAUAUGGAGUGACUGAAGAUUUGCGCGAAUUCGUUCGUGGAAUGACUCUUGACACGUUUAAGGAAUUUCCAGUCGAUGAUGAGAUCAAGCAGCUGAAGGAAGCUGCAACGGCUGAAGAGGGUGUAGGAGCGGUGGCAGCAACCACGACAGAAAAUGCUUCAAAGACCGACGAGGUGGAGGUUGGUCCCGACAACGUCAGACACGAUCUGAACGCAUUUCAGACUCGCCAUGCCAUGCUGGUCUUGGAGAGCGUGAAGGAAAUUUCCACAUUCCGGUAUCAAUUAUGCCCACGGGUUAUGCCAGAGCAUCGGUUCUGGAAGAUCUACUUCAUGCUCGUGCACACACAUGUUUUACCGUAUGAGACGCGGUGGUCUGCGAGACAACAAGAGCUGGCAGCAGGGAUGGCAGCUUUGAAGGAGCAGGCUGCACAAGCAGCGGCCAUUGCAACCACCCCUCCAGCUGCCAAGGCUCUUGCUUCUGAUUCAAAUUCAAGUUUGAACAAGUCCACUGUUUCCUCAGGAACUGUUGCUGGAACAGCAGUAGCUGCUGCUGGGGCAGCAGCAGCAGCAGCAGUGGCGACAACAUCUACGAGUGAAGAUCUUGAUGACAAGAAGACAGAAGGGGACGACAUUGAUGCUCUUCUCAUGGAUGCUCUUGGAGGGGAUGAUGCAGGGGAUGACGAUGAGGACGAUGGGGCUUUUGAUGCAGAGGACUUUGAUGAGCUCGUCAAGUCAGCGGUUGGUUCAGACCUUGACGACAUCAAAUAA